AUUCUAUAGUUCCAGCACACACGACAACCCCACACACACACAUGAUGGAAUCCCAGAACCAGAACCUACUACGCCAACCCUUGAUAAACUCAACGCAUCAUCAUCAUCACUCUGCUGAUUCCCGUCUCGAAGAGGUCCUCUCUGACCCCACCCUACCCUGGUCCAAGCGCAUCCUCUCCGCCACAUGGAUCGAACUCAACCUCCUCUUCCCCCUCGCCGCUCCCGCCAUCCUCGUUUACGUCUUCAACAACCUCAUGUCCAACGUUACUCGCGCCUUCGCCGGCCACCUCGGAAACCUCGAACUCGCCGCUGCCAACCUCGGCAACAGUGGCAUUCAGCUCUUCGCCUAUGGCCUAAUGUUGGGUAUGGGAAGUGCGGUGGAGACUUUAUGUGGACAAGCGUACGGAGCGAACAAAUAUGAAAUGCUAGGGAUAUACAUGCAGAGAGCAAUUAUCGUGCUAACCAUAACAGGGAUUCCCUUAACGGUGGUGUACAUUUUCUGCAAACCAAUUCUUCUCUUGCUGGGGGAGCCACCGGAGGUGGCAUCAGUGGCCGCGAUGUUCGUGUACGGUCUGAUCCCGCAGAUCUUCGCUUACGCAGUGAACUUCCCCAUACAGAAGUUUCUGCAGGCGCAGAGCGUGGUGGCGCCGAGCACAUACAUCUCCGCUGCCACGCUGGUGCUGCACGUGGCGCUGAGCUGGGUGGUGGUGUACAAGUUAGGGUUUGGGAUCAUGGGUUCGUCGUUGAUGCUGAGUUUGUCUUGGUGGAUCAUUGUUGGGGCACAGUUUUUGUAUGUUGUUAGUGCUUCAAAGUUUAAGGAUACGUGGAGUGGGUUUAGUGUUGAGGCAUUCUCUGGACUCUGGGAUUUUGUUAAGCUAUCGGCUGCGUCCGCGGUGAUGCUGUGUUUGGAGACUUGGUAUUUUCAGGUGCUCGUGCUCAUUACUGGCUUGCUUGAUAACCCUCAACUCUCUCUUGAUUCUAUCUCAGUUUGCAUGGCAAUAACAGGGUUGACGAUGCAUAUUGGAAUUGGAUUUAAUGCAGCUGCAAGCGUGAGGGUGAGUAACGAGUUGGGAGCUGAGCAUCCAAAGUCUGCAGCAUUCUCAGUGAUUGUAGUGAAUAUGAUAUCUUUCAUAAUUGCGGUGAUAGAAGCAGUGGUGGUCCUUGCACUGCGUCGGGUUGUAAGCUAUGCAUUCACAGAUGGUGAAACCGUCGCUAAUGCGGUCUCAGACCUCUGUCCCUACUUGGCCGUCACUCUCAUUCUUAAUGGAAUCCAACCGGUGUUAUCUGGAGUGGCUGUUGGGUGCGGAUGGCAAGCCAUUGUGGCCUAUGUAAACGUGGGCUGUUAUUACGGGAUUGGAAUUCCGUUGGGCUGUGUUUUGGGCUUCACGUUCGGCUUAGGUGUGCAGGGAAUAUGGUCUGGCAUGAUCGGGGGAACAAUGUUGCAGACCCUUAUUUUAUUAUGGAUUACACUUCGCACUGAUUGGAAUAAAGAGGUAAAUACAGCAAAGAAACGAUUAAAUAAGUGGGGGUACAAGAAGGAACCUAAGAUUCAGAGUUGAAAUGGUUCUUCUGCUGACCAUUGGCCUAACAGAUAGUUGUGGGUUCGGAUUUCGAGUUCUCACUGGAAAAUUAAAAGAAAAGAAAAGUUGAUGAAUUAUUGUUUUGUUUUUUCUUAUGUAUGCUUGGAAAUUUUGCAAGUAAUAAUAUGCUUCAAAUAAUUUAAGAGAUCAAAUAAGUUGUGUUCUUAAUGGCUUUUGAGCAAAGUUGAUAAGAUGACAAAUUGAACUUAA